AUGAAACUGUUUCAAGCCGCUAAAAUUCUCUUUACACAAAGAUCUGAUCUUCUGUUUCCUGAAUAUGGGGACUCUAAUGUGCUGGCUAAUGAUAUUGGGGAAUUUUUUGUCCAGAAGAUUGAGCGCAUCCAUGCUGGGUUUGAUUCUUCUGCCCUUGAAACAAACCAUUCGUCUGUCCCAGAAUUUACUGAGCUGAUGUCCCGAUUUGAUUCCUUUGACAUCUCAAAUGAAGAAAAUGUCGAAGAUUUGAUAUCUAAAUCGUGCUCUCUGGACCCAAUGCGCACUUCAUUGGUUUUAAAAUGUCAAGAUAUUCUCCUUUCUGUCAUUACCAGGAUGAUCAAUUUAUCAUUACAAUCUGGUGUGUUUCGUGAUGAAUGGAAGCAAGCAUUAGUCCAGUCACAGCUUAAAAAAUCAAAAACAGAAGCGGUAUUUGAGAAUCUUCGCCCUAUCAGUAAUCUCACAUUUACAUCUCAAUUAACAGAACGUGCUGUCGUUAAUCAGGCAAAUGACUACUUGAAUUUAUACCAAAAGCACAAUCGGCCUAUCGCAAGUAUCAUGGUACGGAGACGGCCUUACUACAUACGUGUUAAGCAUGAUAUUUUAAUGAACAUGAACCGUUAG